ACUUUCUCCUGCCGGGCGCGAGGGUGGGGAGGGGGUACCUCUGUGCCUGGCCUCUACUUCCUACUCCGUGAUGUGAGGCACAGGCAUGCUCAGUAGCCGGUGCCUACCCCUCCUAUCUCAGCAGCGGUGCCUACAAUACUAGGAGACCGCUUGCAGCAGGAGCGGAGCCGGAAAGCCAUCUUUGCUGGAGAGGGAGGCAGCAGACCCUGAGCCGCUCGGCACCCGCUCGGCUGCCCGCCAUGUCUGCUCCAGCUCCUACCCAAGGGCCCACCAGUGCUGGGGCUGCAGGGCCACCUCCUGCUACCAACGUGUCAAGCAACAAACGGCUGCAGCAGACACAAGCCCGGGUGGAUGAGGUGGUAGACAUCAUGAGAAUGAACGUGGACAAGGUGCUAGAAAGAGACCAGAAGCUAUCAGAACUUGACAACCGGGCGGAUGCAUUGCAAGCAGGUGCCUCACAGUUUGAAACCAGUGCAGCCAAACUGAAGAGAAAAUACUGGUGGAAAAAUUGCAAGAUGAUGAUCAUCCUUGGUGUAGUAUGCGCAGUCAUUCUCAUUAUAAUUAUAAUUUAUUUCUCCACUUGAAAAAGCGAAGAAGGAAGACUUGGCACAACUUUGUUCAUAUCAACCAACGCUAUCAGUGUUCCUUUGUUGAAUUCCGCUUUUUAAUUCCUGGUGUCUUGGGAUUUUUGCUUGUAAUAACCCAUAAGCAUUC